CCUUGUGAACUUGUAGUUAUCCUACAGCAGCAAACAUCAUGGGUCGAAUACAGUUCCGAGGACGCGACGGAAACCGCCGUUUACGCUCGUGCUGCAGCGCUGUUUUGCGGCGUCUUCGACAGGAUUUACUCCUAGUGCUAAUUAUUCUUGGCGUAAUUAUCGGUUUUAUCAUCGGUGCUUCAGUAAACGAGCCCGUCAACAACAUCAAAGACCCAGAAUUGAAACAAACCACCAUCAUGCUGAUAGGGUUCCCGGGCGAGCUGUUCAUGAACAUGCUCAAGCUGUUGAUCCUGCCGCUUAUUGUGGCAAGCCUGAUAACAGCUCUCGCCACAUUGGAUUCCAAAGCCACUGGAAAAAUCGGCCGUCGCACCGUGCUCUAUUACCUUGGUACUAUGCUCAUCGCUGUGCUUAUUGGCAUUGUCCUGGUAGUUUCUAUUCGCCCAGGUGAACGCAGCAGACCCGAGGUUAAGGAGACAAAACCUCUUUCAAGGCCUUACAGAGGGCUUGACUCUCUGCUCGAUCUUUUGAGGUAAAUAUACUUUCAUAUGGAAAAGUAUUCAAUUUAAGAUGUAAACUCUUCGAAAUUCUCCAAACGUUUUAUUCAGAAUUGAAAGUCUAGUUAAUAGCUUUUGCUCGAGAAGGAUCAUUUCAAGGGCUGUAGUUAUUUGCAUUUUUUUGCUAACUACUCUGGAAAACUGGGGUGAGGCUCAGGGUCAGUUUGGACAGUAUCUUCUUGUGCGACUCGUUCCACGAAGGGGUUUUAUUUGAUUUGAAGAAGCUGAAAUUUCAUUGAUUAUGCACCACUUUUUUCACCUUUCUCCGAUACUGGCUGUGUUCGUUUUGAAGUGCAUGUUAACAACUUAAGUCUGUUACGGCAUCCAUGCGGCACAGCGAGCGGUAUGCAUGACCGCAUCCGAGUUGUUAUUCAGCUUGUCUACGGCUCUGUGGUUUUCUUACACUAAAGUGUCAAAGAUGUUAGAAUUUUUUAUGCUAUCCUGUGAUAAAGUAGGCAAAAACGUAAUGCGUUGGUUAUCUUGUGUCUUGUAUAUACGACAUAUAACUCGGUAAGAUUUUCUAGACACACUCUGCUGUGUGCGAUCGACAGUGAAAUGCAAUACACGGUGUCGCUUCAGUCGCUCGCGGGUACGGGUCUCUAUCAUAUCAUGCGUGUCCUAUUAAUCACGCGAUCGUGCAUAGUCGUCAAGAGUGCAAACGUUUUGACAUUUUCUCGUUUAAUAAGAGCGGUUUAAAAUAACGUUCACUGCAAAACAUAUCAAGGCACUUUUAUCUUUCAUGAAAUAACGAUUAUAAAUCAGCUGUGGAUGCAUGCAGUUAAACAAAACGUAAACAAGAUUUAUCAGACAUUCCAUGUAUGGUAACCCGAUUAACCACGCGUCAUCGACGACUGACAAUACAGAAUUUUGUUGCAUGAAUGACAAAAGCACAUCAAGCCCGACGACAUUCAUGAAUAUGAUUAAGUUCGUUCAAUUUGCUUAUGUGAAUGAGGCCCAAUGUCCACACUAGAUCAUUUUAAAUUGUCCAUUGCGUUUGAACACCAUUUUUAUCAUCGAAAACGCAAACUGAUUCAAACAGUCUUUAUAAUUAGGCUUUCCUACUCACGAAGACUCUUGAAAACUCCCCUCUUCCACCGGUGGGUUGGGCCCUCACUUUAUUAUUGGCGGGGUUUUUCAGUCCCGCAGCCCGUCGUUAAUUUUUUAUUCCAUUCCACUGAACCCAUUCCCCGCUGCUCUAAUAGCAUUUCAUUCCGAUCCCACCUGGCUUAAGCUCUGACCUCCUACUCGGAUCACCAUCGAUCAUCAGUAUCAACUUGUAGAUUUGUUACGGCUUUCUUUUACGUGGAGCUUUGACAAUUUAUAGAGGUGGGAGACCCCAGGUAGGUGAGGUAGAAUAUGGCGGGUCACCCCACCUAUCAUGUAAACGUGAUCAAAUUAAAAUGAGAGAUUAUACGGGCAAACGGGUUACCCCACCUAAGCGGGUUACCUCACCUACCUGGGGUGCCCCACCUCCAUGUAAACAGGCCCUGAAAGACAAAUUCUAGAACUCAGAAUUCGUGCGCGAAAUUUAUAGAGGGCGCUUUUAGGAUCCGGCAAAGAUUUUGAAUCAUUUGCCUUUAACUGAGUUACUUGUUUCUACUUGGUAAAACAAGUUUGCAUGAUUUCGUUACGCUUUGUUAUAUAGGAGCUGUUUUCCAGUUAACAUUGUGGAAGCUUCAUUCAUGCAGGUCAGUAUAAUAGUUAUCUCAACAUGUAUGUGACUUCUUGAGAGCAAAAAUCUCUCAAGGAUGCCUUAGUAUCUUUUGCGGUUAUUUAUAAGGCUACCUUUUUCAUAUUGUUUUUUACCGUAUAGCACAUAUGAUAUACGGAUUUAAACUACACUACGGCUUGGAAAAUUUGAUUACAACAAAGGAAUGUUUUCCAAGUACUCCGUAGACGAGUCAGCUAUUGUGGACCUUGUCACACCACGCCCCGGGUCUGUUUGUGUCAUUCACUUUGUUCUGUUUUUCUUUGUUUUGUUUUGUUACUUGUCGUUGUCUUUUUUUGUUUCUUUGUUCGUCAUCUUUUUCAUUGCCUUUUUAAUGUUUUUUUAGUCUGCUUUUCUUUAUCCCUUUUAGAGUGGGCGUUAAUUUCGUUUGUCUUGUGUUUCAGCGCCUAAGCAUUCCAUAUUAGGACUAAAUUUUUUUUCCGCGAGAGGUCAUAUGACAUCAUAUCAUGUCUUCGGAGUAGGGUCGAGUAGUGUUCGUCAAAAAGCGUUGUUGGCGAUAACCAGGAAACGAGAAACGGCAGUGAAACAAUUGCCAAUUGGCGCGUUUUUUAUGAGCGUGUAGUAAUUAUCUUUACUUUGUAAAGGUCAGAGAAAAACGACAAGCUUAAUAAUUGAAAACGGGAGACGAUAGUCUGCUGUUUACCUCUGCUGUUUACCGUUUGCAGUUAACAUGAAGCUGGUCGUAAACACUCUAAUAUUUUUUUGUUAUAGUCAUAGAAAGGAUAAAUGUAUGGUGAGAGUCCAUGCAAAGUGUCCUAUCCUUCAAAAAUGAACCCGGAAAAGAUCGCGCUCUCCUCGAAAACUGGCGGCCAAUAUCCCUUGUUAAUGUAGAUACGAAAAUCAUGUCCAAGGUGAUCGCAACAAGGAUUAAAAAGGUGUUACCCAGUAUCAUUCACUACAACCAGACUGGUUAUGUUAAAGAUCGUUUCAUCGGUGAAGCAAUACGUUUUAUUUUCGAUAUUAUGGAUUUCACAGCUAAGGAAAACAUCCCAGGUUUACUGCUGUUUAUAGAUUUUCAAAAAGCUUUUGAUAGUGUGGAAUGGGAAUUUCUCAUUGAGAGUCUUAAAAAGUUUCACUUUGGUCGAGACUUCCUUCAAUGGGUGAAAACCUUUUAUAACAACAUUCAAAGCUGUGUUAUAACAUAGUUAUUAGAGGAGACUGGUUAUGAAAAGCGGCAAACAUCAAUGAUAAAAACAACAGUGCUGCAGUUUAUGUUGGAAGCACCCUGAAAGUGCACAAUCCUUUGUUUUCUGUUGGCAAAUUGUUACGGAAUAAAUUAAUGCAACGUUUUUAUUGGUCAAUACAAUCAAAAUGAUAGGAAUUCUUUUGAACGUUGUGCACUUUCAGGUCCACAAAAACAUAUAACAAAGGAGUCUGACGGGUUUCAUGACCAUUCCACUCAAUUAACUAUGGUUAUAAACAAUGGCGUUAGUUCUAACUUUUUUACUUUGGAACGCGGUGUUAGGCAGGAUGAUCCACUCUCCUAUUUAUAAUUGCUCUAGAAACUUUUAAAUUAGCAGUUGCUGUAAGGCAAAAAGAGACAAUUUAAGGAAUCACAAUACGAACUGAGGAAACUAAGCUUUUACAGUUUGCAGACGAUACAAAAUCUGUGUUAGCUGACACAAGCUCGGCUGAAAGAUUAUUUGAACUACUGACUUAACAAAUUCGAAAUUCUCUCUGUUCAAAAACUGAAGGUAUGUGGAUUGGAUCUAAGAGACAUUAUAAAGAAAAACCAUUCGGUAUUAAAUGGCCGGACGAACCAGUAAAAGCUCUAGGUGUAUAUUUUACUUACGACCAAAAAUUCCUUAAAGAAAAGAAUUUUAUUGAACGACUGGAUUCAAUACUUACUAAUAUAUGGUCCGCUAGAAGCCUGUAGAUAUCCGGUAAGGUGACAAUAAUCAAGUCUUUUUUUAUCCCUGAGUACAUUUACGUUUGUUCGAUCCUUCCAACUCCCAAGGAAUUGCUAAAAGAAUUGAAUAAAAUACUAUUUAAAUUACUCUGGAAAGGUGUAGAUAAGGCAACAAGAGUUUCAGUUAUAAACGAAUACGAAGAUGGAGGGCUAAGAAUGGUUGAUCUCGAGUGCAUGGUUAAAUCAUUGAGAUUAGCUUGGUUAAAACGUAUCUUCAGUGGGACUAAUUGAACUUAGUUCGAGUUCGCUCGAAAUAAGCAAGCAAGCAAGCAAUGGAACUUGGAAAAGCUACCUACAAAACUGCUGAGCUCCGUUGGGGGAUUGUUCGUUUUUAACUGCAACUACAAUAUCUCGGAUUACACAAUUCCUUCUCAAUUUCAUCGGGAACUUUUGUUAUGGUGGUCGCAAUUUCGUGAAACGUUUGCCACUGAAGAAGAUUGGAAAACCAUAAUCUGGAAUAACAAAGAAAUAAAAGUAGAAAACAAGCCGGUUUAUUAUAAACAUUAUGUUAAUGCGAGAGUCAUUUGCAUUCAAGGUCUUUUAUUUAGUCUGAAGAGUACUGAUUCUUAUAAUCAAAUGUCUAAAAAAAAUGCAAAACAAAUAUUUUAGAAUGGGCUGGCUUACGUAGGUCCAUUCCAUUAUCGUUAAGAAGUUAUGACAGGUAUCCUUCCAUAAACUCUCCUACAUUUGUGGUGCGUAACAAUAAUUUUGUUGUUACGAAAGGGAAAUCAAAGGAUUACUACAACCUACUCAUCAGAGAAAAAGCUAAACCGCCCAAUAUUAUUCAAAAAUUACAGAGUAACUUUAAUUUUAACAGCGACAAUCUGAAUCAAAUAUUUAAGCUGACCCACUCUAUAGUUGUCGAAUUGUAUGUUAAAGCCCCAGUACAAAGUAAUUAACUCAAUUCUUUACACAAAUACAAAGUUGUAUAAAAUAGAUUUUAGAACAAAUAAAUAAUUUAUGUACUUUCUGUGACAAUCAACCCGAAUCAUUAACCCAUUUGUUCUAUCACUGCUCACGUUCUAAACAGUUUGGAUUGAAUUUGAAUUAUAUUGGUGCCUUAUUUCGAAUCAACGAAUUCGUCCCUGCUUGGAAAAUGUGCUCUUUGGAAUUUUGACGGAAAAUGCUUGCCCUUUACUUCAAUUACUGAACUAUUUUAUAAUUAUUGGAAAACUCUAUUUGUGGGACUGUAGGAGCAAACAAAUCCUUCCAAGCAGUUACGGACUUAGGGCGAAGAUCAUCGCUAAAUAUGAAACAGAAGAAAAAUUCAGUAAAAAAGAAUUCUUGAAAAGAAAGUGGAUACUGACGCCUUAUUUUUAACUCCGUAUUAUUUCUUGCCUUGUUGUACUUUUUUCUUACUUCUUUUAGCCCUGUAAUAAUUUAACAAUUAAUUUUGCGUUACUCUGCUAAUGUAAAUUGUUAAAGUGUUUUUUUGUAGUAUUCUAAAUGUAAUUAUUUAAUGUGAUUAUCAAUAAAUAUAUUUACAUCAAAAACCCGUCUAGAAGACUCUAAAGUUGAAUUGACUUUCCUGGUAUUGUUAACAUACUUCACCCGGUGUAAAAUACACGAAAUUCCUAUUUAAUCUCUCUCACAGAAAAGGACCAAAUAUAGAUCUGUGAAGCCAAUAUAUCACGAAUACAACAAGACAGUCGACGUACAGUCCAUUCCGGCAAAUAGUUCCAUGAAGAUAUUCAACAAUGGAACGAUCAACUAUACGACGAUUCGCGAAAAACUCGCACCAGGAUCAGAUCUCGUUCCCAGUGGCCUCGAGAUAGCAUCCCGUAACAUGAAUGUCCUUGGGUUGGUUGUGUUCUCUAUCGUUUUUGGCAUCGUGCUGGGUCGUGUUAAAGAGCGAGGAAUUCCAGUAAAGCAAUUUUUCGAGUCGCUGAACGAGAUUAUCAUGGAAAUGAUUGGCUUGGUCAUGUGNCUCAAUUCUUUACACAAAUACAAAGUUGUAUAAAAUAGAUUUUAGAACAAAUAAAUAAUUUAUGUACUUUCUGUGACAAUCAACCCGAAUCAUUAACCCAUUUGUUCUAUCACUGCUCACGUUCUAAACAGUUUGGAUUGAAUUUGAAUUAUAUUGGUGCCUUAUUUCGAAUCAACGAAUUCGUCCCUGCUUGAAAAAUGUGCUCUUUGGAAUUUUGACGGAAAAUGCUUGCCCUUUACUUCAAUUACUGAACUAUUUUAUAAUUAUUGGAAAACUCUAUUUGUGGGACUGUAGGAGCAAACAAAUCCUUCCAAGCAGUUACGGACUUAGGGCGAAGAUCAUCGCUAAAUAUGAAACAGAAGAAAAAUUCAGUAAAAAAGAAUUCUUGAAAAGAAAGUGGAUACUGACGCCUUAUUUUUAACUCCGUAUUAUUUCUUGCCUUGUUGUACUUUUUUCUUACUUCUUUUAGCCCUGUAAUAAUUUAACAAUUAAUUUUGCGUUACUCUGCUAAUGUAAAUUGUUAAAGUGUUUUUUUGUAGUAUUCUAAAUGUAAUUAUUUAAUGUGAUUAUCAAUAAAUAUAUUUACAUCAAAAACCCGUCUAGAAGACUCUAAAGUUGAAUUGACUUUCCUGGUAUUGUUAACAUACUUCACCCAGUGUAAAAUACACGAAAUUCCUAUUUAAUCUCUCUCACAGAAAAGGACCAAAUAUAGAUCUGUGAAGCCAAUAUAUCACGAAUACAACAAGACAGUCGACGUACAGUCCAUUCCGGCAAAUAGUUCCAUGAAGAUAUUCAACAAUGGAACGAUCAACUAUACGACGAUUCGCGAAAAACUCGCACCAGGAUCAGAUCUCGUUCCCAGUGGCCUCGAGAUAGCAUCCCGUAACAUGAAUGUUCUUGGGUUGGUUGUGUUCUCUAUCGUUUUUGGCAUCGUGCUGGGUCGUGUUAAAGAGCGAGGAAUUCCAGUAAAGCAAUUUUUCGAGUCGCUGAACGAGAUUAUCAUGGAAAUGAUUGGCUUGGUCAUGUGGUAAGGGUCAUUUGUUGUACAUUAUUUUUCUGACAAUGGUAAAAAUAUAGUAACCUCUGAUGCCAUUGAUAAAGAUGAUAUGAUGAUGAUGAUGAUGAUGAUUAUGAUUAAGAUGGUGGUGGUGGAGAUGGUGGUAGUUGGAAUGAUAUUAGAGACCUUUAGAUUCUAAGACGAGUACGAGUAUGAGAUUUUCUCAGUACUAAGUAGUGCGCGUGCGUGAACCAGCGUCAUUUUGGCAGGAAAACUUGGUAGCCGUCGUCAUUCUACUACGAGUUUUAGCGAGGAUGUCGUAAUGGCGGAAACGAGUUAUCAAAUGUUAGAAGUUUCAUCAUUUUGCGAUCCCGAGAGGGCUUAACCUCCUUCAAUAUAGAUAACAGUGCUACUUUUCUAAUUAAAAAAAAAGUACAAGGAAGCUUUCUGGGGUGUCUAUUUUUUGAGAAUACGCGAAGAAACCCCAGUUUAACUCCUAAUCGUUCUCGUCCGUCGAAUCUAAAGGUCUCUAUUGACGAUGAUGACGAUGAUAAUGCUAAUAUGCUAUAUGCAUGAUGCUUAUGACACUAACGAAGGUUAUAAUGAUAAUAACGAUGACGAAAAUGAAAAGAAAUAAUGGUCACUAUCGGAUAAUAAUGAUUGUAACGUGUCCGUAAUGUAUCCUUAAUUAUUUUUUGUUUAUUUUUCACAGGCUUUCUCCCAUUGGCAUCUGUAGUUUAAUAGCAGCCAAACUAGCAGCUAUGGAUGAUAUCGGUCGAGCAUUCGAGAUGCUGGGCUAUGUGAUGGGUACUGCGACUGCUGGCCUCUUUUUACACGGUGUGAUCAUUUUGCCGCUUGUCUAUUUUAUAUUUACAAGGAAAAACCCGAUAAUAUACCUUAAGAACCUUUCUGAUGCCGUGGCCACAGCAUAUGGUACAGAUUCCAGGUAAAUUCCACAAUAUAAUUACAAUACCUCAAUUUUUUUUGGUCAUUUGUACUAAUUAAACGAGGUCUGUAACCCUGUAUGAAGAUGUUUAGCGAGAGUUCUUUAAUUUGUUACCUCCAAUAGUCGUCUAAUGCACAGAGGCUGUGUUUUUAGUCUUGUAUCACGUAUAAGGUGUAAGGCCAAAGCCACUCAAGUGACCAAUAACCUGAGAGACAGUUCUCACUGAUGUGGCGCCACGCCUUUUUGCAAUUAAAGAUGAACUCAAUUGACGAAAUGAUUAUGUUUUCCUUCCCUAUAGCAUCUUAUUUUCUUACUUUGCCUCAAGACUCUCUAUUGAGGAGAAAGGGGGAUACUUUUUCUUUGUCCCGAAACCCAGGUUUAACCUCCAUACAGGGACACCUUAGUACUCAAAACAUGACUGACUAAAAAGUGGGUUGCUUGUUAAGUUAAAGUGUACACUGAUAACACUAACGAUAGCUUUCACAACAUGGGAAAUCAACACACAAUAUAGCAGAGAAACAUAAAUCGUGAUUUUUUAUAUAUAUAAUAUACAUUAUUUAGCUGUUUGAAAAAAUCACUGCAACAGAUCCAGAGACAGGUUGAUUAUCAUUGGUUGUUGGUAAAUUAUUAUCAGACCCCAGCCCAAGCUCUAUUCAAGGCACAUUUUUCUCGGUCUCGCGGGUGUCCCCUGAAGAGAUGGCCCAAAGUAAUUAGCAUCGAUUUGCAACUAUUUAACAAUUACUCCUCGAUCCCGAAUGGGCUCUGAGUCAAUAGCCCAUGAGGCCGAAGGCCGAACGGGCUAUUGACUCAGAGGCCAUGCAUGAGGGCGAGAGGAAUAACUGUUUUACUAAACUCCAACUAGUUGGUAAAAAAUAUCGAGAAUAAAGGAAAUUUAGCUAGUUAAAGCAAGACUUAAUCCUUUUUUGCCGCCAAAAAGCCCGCGCCUUUCGCUACUGGUGGGCUACAACAUAUAGCCUAGUAGUAGCUCAACCAAUCAGAACGCAGCAUUGAUAAUAGACCACUAGUUGGAUUUUACUAAUAAUAGAACAACCACUCUCUGUUUUUGCCUUUUAAUUAUUAACCUAGCGCGGCCACUUUGCCAACCACUAUCAAAUGCAUUGAGGAGUACAAUGGUAUCGAUAAACGCAUCAGUCGUUUUGUUCUUCCGCUGGGAGCCACUGUCAACAUGGACGGGACAGCGUUGUAUGAAGGCGUUUGUGCCCUGUGGAUAGCCCAGCUACAUGAUAUUGACCUCAGUGCUGGGCAGGUUAUCACCACCGUGUAUGUACCAUUAUACACCGCUUUAAACUUUUCUCUUAAGGUUCGCUAAAACGGGCAACGAAAAUUUGCAAUUCGUUUUGCAACAUCAGACGUUGCACGUUUACCAUCCACGAAUAAAACCUGUCUUGCAACAAAUCAAGUCGUUGCGGGUUGCGAAAGGUUGUUGCAGUAAGUAGAGAGAGAUUCUCCUUCAGUUUCCAAAAAAAUAUUGUAAAUGCCACGCGUUUUACCGGUCCAAGGCAAACUUAUUUUGCAUCAAGUGCCGUUAAACCCUUGUAUGGCUUAACUCCGCAACUUGCAGCAUUCUGAUUGUUGCAAGACGAAUUUGAAAUUAGGGGAUAUAACGCAUCUUUUAUUAGGGGAUACAAGUCGUGUGGCAGAAAUAUUGCAAAACAAGUUGCACGUUUUUGUUCCCCGUUUCAACCGUAGCAUANUUAUACACCGCUUUAAACUUUUCUCUUAAGGUUCGCUAAAACGGGCAACGAAAAUUUGCAAUUCGUUUUGCAACAUCAGACGUUGCACGUUUACCAUCCACGAAUAAAACCUGUCUUGCAACAAAUCAAGUCGUUGCGGGUUGCGAAAGGUUGUUGCAGUAAGUAGAGAGAGAUUCUCCUUCAGUUUCCAAAAAAAUAUUGUAAAUGCCACGCGUUUUACCGGUCCAAGGCAAACUUAUUUUGCAUCAAGUGCCGUUAAACCCUUGUAUGGCUUAACUCCGCAACUUGCAGCAUUCUGAUUGUUGCAAGACGAAUUUGAAAUUAGGGGAUAUAACGCAUCUUUUAUUAGGGGAUACAAGUCGUGUGGCAGAAAUAUUGCAAAACAAGUUGCACGUUUUUGUUCCCCGUUUCAACCGUAGCAUAAGGGCAAGUUGUAAAACUAUCCAGAAUAGAUUUACCGGAAAUAAACCAUGUAGUUGGUAGAGAUUUCGGACUGAAUGAAACUUAUCGGUACUUGGUGUCCCCUUCACAAUGUUUUCCUCUAUAGUGUUGAAUUGGUUUUGCUGGAAAUAUCACUGUGAUGGAAUAGUAUCCUAGGAGAGGAGGAGGAGAUGAGGGGAGGGGGGAGGGGGUGGGGGGGAUUCACGACUUAGCUCCUCUGGGCACUUCCCAAACGGAUCACAGUUACCGUAUUGAGUGACGGUAUCGAAGAGAUAUAUAGGAAAGCCAAAAAUUAAAAAAGCAUGUUGUAAACAAUAUUUAAAGUUGUGACUUAUAAAACUAAGAAAUCAUCUACAUUUAUCAUAAUUGGCGAUGAUUUUGUCAGGGAAAGACUUUUAUUUAUGAAUUUUUAGACUAAAGCUUGUAGUUAAGGAAAUUAGGCAGACAUUAAAAAUAUCCUAAACGACCCCGUUUUGAUUAAUGUUAUCAGUAAAAUUAAUCAAAUACAUUAAUGAAUGUAAUCCCUUAUUUGGCGUCUAUUCUCACUUUCAGGCUGACUUCCAUGGCUGCAGCAGUGGGCGCGGCUGCAAUUCCAUCUGCAGGCUUGGUUACCAUGUUGAUUGUCCUUCAAGCUGUCAAUCUGCCAACCGAAGACGUAGCUCUUCUUUGGGCCGUUGAUUGGUUCAUGUAAGCCAGACAGUUCCAUCUUGUUUUCCGCCUUUAUGUCUUUGGUUUCUUUUCCUUCCGCUUGUCCACUUUCGUUUUCCGUAUUCAAGCUAUUGUACGAAGAGAAUAAAGUGGAAGCAAGUGACAAAUGGUCUCAAAUUUUAAGAGCUAGGUUCGAACCACUAAGGGUACUUUAAAUCUACAGGGGGUUCUAAUGUCUCUUUCCAGUCUUAAUAUGAAAUGUGUGGCUAUCUUGAGUUUAUGCGUGCUUGAAGGCAUGCUCUAGUUCGUUGUCACAAACAGUGUUUUUCUCGAUAGUUACGAGGUGCCAGUUAAAGGAUUAACAAAAACCUUCAACUUUUUAAAAAAAUACUUUAGAUAAUGAUAUUUUUUUUCUUUGCAGGGAUCGUUUCCGAACUGUGGUAAAUGUUCUUGGUGAUGCCAUUGGGGCUGGAAUAGUGGCACACCUGUCACGUGAUGAGCUAAGGGAGGCUGACGAGGCAAAUAAAGGAGAUGACCAGGAGCUGCUCGAAAAAUACAGGCCUAAGGAACCAGAUAUGGUUGUGUCCGGCUUGUAAAAUUAUUCGUUUUGAACCAUGUUUAGAACCUAUAAAUGAGCAUUGUCGAGGGAAUUCUUGAAAUUGUACGCGAGUAGUUUUUCGAAGAUUUUCUUUAGAACGAACCGCACGGCGAUGACCAUAUAGUUUUUAGACACUUUUACAGGUGUAUUCGUAACAAAGCUUGAAAAGUUAACUUGUUUU